AUGGCUCGUACGAAGCAGACGGCGCGCAAGUCCACCGGCGGGAAGGCCCCGCGCAAGCAGCUGGCGACCAAGGCGGCCCGCAAGAGCGCGCCGGCCACCGGCGGCGUGAAGAAGCCGCACCGCUACCGGCCCGGCACCGUGGCGCUGCGCGAGAUCCGGCGNGCGCCCGCCCCGAAGAAGGGCUCCAAGAAGGCGGUGACCAAGGCGCAGAAGAAGGACGGCAAGAAGCGCAAGCGCAGCCGCAAGGAGAGCUACGCGGUGUACGUGUACAAGGUGCUGAAGCAGGUGCACCCGGACACGGGCAUCUCGUCCAAGGCCAUGGGCAUCAUGAACUCGUUCGUCAACGACAUCUUCGAGCGCAUCGCGGGCGAGGCGUCGCGCCUGGCGCAUUACAACAAGCGCUCGACCAUCACGUCCCGGGAGAUCCAGACGGCCGUGCGCCUGCUGUUGCCCGGGGAGCUGGCCAAGCACGCCGUGUCCGAGGGCACCAAGGCCGUCACCAAGUACACCAGCUCCAAGUGAGCGCCUGUGCAGCACCUUGGAACCCAAAGGCUCUUUUCAGAGCCACCCAUUUUGUCGAAGGAGACCUGUAAGCUCCCUUUUCUGAGCGGCAUAACUUCCGUGAGUCCCAAGAAACCUACAAAAAUGACUAAGUGAGGCCAACUCGGGCGAGAUUCAACCUGGGAAGCCAUUUGUUUUUAGCCUAAAUGCACUGCUGUGCUGUGACACCCAAGGGACAACUCUUUAAUAUGUUUUAUUUACCACACCUUCCAUGUACCUAUAAGCCUCCAGGUGCUCAUUAAAUUGCAUUUGCUACACUUGUGUCGGCACGUUUCGGAGCCAAGAUGCGGUUAAACGGUUUCCGAGAAGGAACCUUUACGGCACGUUCCACGCUGCCCUCGGGAGGAAGAGUCCCGGUGGCACCAAGGACAGUUAGGGGCGCUUCUUUCUGGGGUCGGAAGUCACCGUGGCCUGGAGUUCUGGCGAAACCAAGCAAAAUCAAUCGUGGUUACUGUGGGCACUAUGUUUUUAUGGGCAUAUCUCAAUGUCUUGGCUUACAGAUGAGAUGUCUCUAAAUUCUCUGGUUUACCAGUGGCGACAGGCUAGCGAAAGCCGUUUGAAUUUUUCUUGCAUUAACAGAAACCCGGGCGCCCAUGUCCUGGGACUGUCCGUUUCGAUAUGUUCCUGGAAUAGGGGCGGAGAGGAUGUCUUCCAGCUCGAGUGGAGACAAAGGGUUUGAAUUUCCCGCCCUUCCCCAUCUGGCGCCUGCUAGCGGCUGACAGUGGGCGGGGGUGUGUGGAGAGGAAGGCGUGCUGGAUUUUCUUUGUAAACCUUUUUCAAACUUUCAGGACUCCAAAAAUCCCAAAUAUACCGGAGUAUUCCUUGGUUGAACAGCCAAGUCCAU